AUGCCUCAUGAGGAACCUGCCUGUUACACGAAUGCAGGUCACACGGUGGACACUAACAGCGCCUUCCUGUCGCGAGCUCUGAGGAAGCUGGGAGUGUGUGUCCAGCGUGUCACAGUAAUCCCAGACCAGCAGGAGGUCAUCUCUAAGGAGGUGGCCCUCCUGGCCCCACAGUACACACACCUGCUCACCUCUGGGGGAAUAGGCCCCACCCACGACGACGUCACCUUCGAGGGUGUUGCCAUGGCGUUCGAGGAGGAACUGCAUGCCCACCCGGAGCUGGCCCGUUUGGUGGAGGAGUUCUUUGGGGUGGUGGAUAGGGAGAAUGCAGCCAUGAAGCUAGCUAUGGUCCCCCGCUCGGCCAAGCUCAACUACGGCACUGACCCUCAGACUGGACAGCCACUACGCUACCCACUGACAAAACAUGAUAUCAGUGGAACACUGCACACCCUGUACUUCCGCUACACAAAUAGCGUGGUCAAGUUCCGUCCCGCCUUCUACAGCUCAUUGGCUUCUUGGAUUCAGAGAUGGCACUUUGUUGCUCCUGAUUGGCUCGGCAGAGCCACCCAGUGUUCGAAGGGCAUGCAGUUUGUCGGCUAA